GAUUUUUGGGCCAAUGUCCGAAAACCUACAUCUGGGUAUUGGCAGCAUACUACAAGAGAGUCACCAUUUGACCAUCUUUGCAAAGUGAAUUACCGAUGUGAUUUCUUUCUUCUUUGAUUUGACUAUUUCAUAUCUCAUAAAGUUAUCACUCCUCCGAAUCAUUGCGCUCUAUCAUGCGGGUUUUAAUCACCUUCCCCGCUCUUUGGAGUAUACGUGUUUUAUUUGCAAAUGCUAUCGACUGCUACACGCUACAUCAUCCUAAUGAAUACCCAGUUCGAAAUACAUCACAACUCAACAAUUCCCUCGAUGGCCCUGUCAUAGAGCUCUGCGGCACUGGUGGCACCCAUACAAUUGCUCAUCAGACCGAGGGUGUGUCUUUUAGCAUCACGCGUACAACUCCCCAAAGUUUUAAAGAAUGCAAGGAGUCGUUUGUCGACAUAAUCAGCCAAUGCGUCAAUGGCUUGGGCCUUCGCGGAGGCGAGUUAGAAGGGGCAAAUGGAACCUUGUACAGAAUUUCCUUCGAAGAUCCUGCUGACCGCCAACUUGUUGCCCGCAGAGCAAGAGGUGGCAGAUCCAAAAGCACCAGACCCAAGGCCACGAGGCCUAAGAAAAUAAUUCCGAAGAAGACGACUCCCAAGAAGACGAAGAAGAAGUCGCCAAAUAAAAGGCCGAAGAAAUCGUAUCAGAAGUCUCAUAAGAGCACAAGUGACAGAAGAGAAACAACCUCUACCAGUCCCACCAGAGCAAAGCCUACCAAGUCAUGCAAGCAGAUGUAUGCGUUGGCCGCGAAGGCCGCAAAAGUGGAGGCCUUGACGAAUGAGAAGAGUACUACAGCUCUGGCUAAGCGUGGUGAGUACAGUAUUAAGGUUCCCAUCGUGGAGAAGCGAACGAGCAAGCCCGGGGGGAAUGGUUGCGCGUUCCCCAUAAUGGAUGCUCUGGACUACCCUGAAGCCAAAAAAAUGCCUAGUGACGCAAAGUACUAUGGUUUCUCCUCCCCCCUGGUCUGCGACGCUUUCGGAUUCAAACAAAGCGAGCGUCCUGCACCAGGCUUUGUGCAAGGGGAUUAUCAAAUUGAACAUGUCCUCGAAUGGCAAGUUGUGACAAAAUUCUUCGACUGGCUCAAAUUGCGCAAAUUUUCAAAAAGCGCAUUCGAUAAUCCUGACAGAAAUGCGCUGGACAAGAAUGGAAAACGUAGGCAGAUUGGGUUCUGCGAGUAUCUAAAAGUUACCUGGGACAACCCGACACCACCAACUUUCAAGCUUGCCUUCUCAAAGGACGACCAGGAACGAACAGCACUUGGCCAUAUUCAAUGGGCGUACCCCGGCAAAAAUCAUUUCGAAAAAGAGUUUGUCUACCUGCAGACCACAGUGAAUGCCCCGGCCAAGCAACAGAUGUGGGAUUUCAAAGACACGAAUCGUAUCUAUGGAGACAAGACUAGCACAAGAUUCUACAAGGACAAAACUACUAAGAAAAACGAGCAGAAGCUACGCGUAGGCAUGCCGGACCUAAUUCGGGGCCACAAAGCCUUUGGCACGAAGUUCCCCCAAAAGGCCGCUAACAUUGACGAUUCCCGGGCAGCCUACCUCCAGUUGAAAUGGAUUUAUGGUGCACGACGAUACCUCAAGCAUCCUGACAUCAAGAAAAUUUUCAAGAUUCAGAAGGAGCGCAUAGGGGGUGUCCUCGACGCUCUGGACACAGAGAUGGAAAAUCACCCCAAGGAAACGAAGAAGGGGACACAGGACGCAUGGAAGAGGCAAGGACUCAAGAAGCUUUGGGAUGAAUACAUGGAUAUGAGAUUUGAGAUGGCUAAAGAAAGAUCUGUCAACGACAUGGAUACAUAUAUCCGAUUGCUGGAGAAUGUGUGGUUACCCAAGAGUGGAGAAGGGAAGGAUACUAAGAAAGAUCCCAAGGGCAAGGGCAAGGGCAAGGGCAAGGGCAAGGCGACGAGUGGCAAAGCGCAUGAUGACGUUAACUUGGAGAAGGAUCGAACAGUGUUCUUUGCUCAGAUCAAAGAAUUGGAAAAGAAAUGGUUGAUCGAGAAGGCUGAGCCUUGGAAUGCACCGUGGCUGUAG